AUAGCGAAGUAAAUAUAGAGGCCAUUUUCCUUGAUUCGUAGAAGAGUUCACAAUGGAUAUUUCAGCCAUUACAGAGCCCUACUACAACACAGUCACCAAGAAUGACUACAUUCCCGGUAUCUUAUGUGUGAGCAUGGAUGUGCGGGCAUUUGGAGUCACAGUGCUGACCCCCCUGUACUCCCUGGUAUUCAUCAUUGGUGUGAUAGGCAACAUCCUGGUGGUUCUGGUGCUCAUGCAGCAUAAGAGGCUUCAGAGCAUGACCAGCAUCUACCUGUUCAACCUGGCCAUCUCUGAUCUGGUCUUCCUCUUCACAUUACCUUUCUGGAUUGACUAUAUAAUAAAAGGAGACUGGAUUUUUGGUAAUGCCAUGUGUAAGUUCCUCUCUGGGUUUUAUUACCUGGGCUUAUACAGUGACAUGUUUUUCAUCACGCUGCUUACAAUUGAUAGGUACCUAGCUGUCGUCCAUGCAGUAUUUGCCCUGCGGGCCAGGACUGUCACUUUUGGCAUCAUCACCAGCAUCAUCACCUGGGUCCUGGCCAUCUUGGCUUCCAUUCCUUGUUUGUAUUUCUUCAAGGCCCAGUUGGAGUUCACCUACCAUACUUGCAGAGCAGCUUUGCCCCAGGAGAGCCUGAAACAUUUUUUGAGGUUUCAGGCUCUAACAAUGAACCUCCUUGGACUUAUUUUACCUCUCUUGGCCAUGAUCAUCUGCUACACAAGGAUUAUCAAUGUUCUACACAGAAGACCCAAUAAGAAGAAGGCCAAAGCUAUGCGUCUGAUUUUUGUUAUCACACUUCUCUUCUUCCUCCUCUGGACCCCCUAUUACCUGGCUGCAUUUGUUUCGGCUUUUGAAGACUUCCUAUUCACCAGCGGGUGUGAGAGAAGCCAACAGCUGGACCUGGCCUUGAUGGUAACUGAAGCAAUUGCCUACACUCACUGCUGUGUCAACCCAGUCAUUUAUGUCUUUGUGGGUGAGCGGUUCCGGAAGUACCUCCGGCAGCUGUUUCAAAGGCAUACGGCCAUACCAUUGGCAAAAUGGCUGCCCUUUCUCUCUAUGGACCGUACACAGAGGGCCAAUGCCAUGUCUCCAUCCACAGGGGAGAAUGAGAUUUCUGCUGGCUUCUAAUUCAGACCCCUGCAUGCCAACAAAGAUCUAUGAGAGAGUGAAAAGACAGUGUAACUCUCCAAGACAGAUACUGUCUGAGGAUUCAUCAUCUUGUAGAUCAGAGGGACCUUGUAGGUAGCUUAGUAUGUCAACUCUUUAAUGUUUGCCUUGAUCUUCUUCCUGUCAGAAAGAAGAUGUAUGAACAAAUUGUGACAUUCCAAAGACUGGGUCAACAGGUUCCAGGGAAGGACUUACGCCCCACAAGACGUAGAGUUUGUGGCCAUUAGGAUUGUCAAAAAAGUGAACCCUACUCCCAAUGAUUGUAGAACCAGUUAAGCCUACAACUGUGUAUACUCUGAAUCUGGAAGUCAAUGGCAGAUCACAGAUGCCUCCUCCACUGCACCCCCGCAGCAUGGCCUGAACUCUUGAAAAUCCUGGAAUUCAAGGUCAAAGUACUUGAGAUCUACUGAGGCACUGCUUUAUCUUUUGGGUUGGAAAGUCCUUAGAGAGAACUUUAUAUUUGUUAAGGCCAAAGACUUAUGGCAA